AUGGCACCCGUCACCAAUGCCCGCCACAUCUUCCGGGAAAUCCCACAAGACUCUCAUAUGCUGACGCCCAAUCUCUCAGGUGCACCCGUCCCAGGAAAGGACCUGGUCCACGAUACGUCAGAGACGAUUGAUUUGGACAACGUGCCACUCAAAGGUGGCAUCUUAGCCAAGGCUUUAGUUCUCUCCAUCGACCCAUACGUAAGGAGUCGGCUCCGGGAGCAACAUAUCAAGGGUUAUGUCCCUGCGUUCAAACUGGGACAACCGAUCUGGAACAUCGGCAUCGUGAAGGUCAUUCGCUCAGAACACCCCGACUACAAAGCCGGAGACUACCUAUACAUCUGGGACGUCCCGUUCGCCGAUUACACCGUCUUCACGGAGAUCCCGCCGCGCACGACAAAGCUCGAGUCGAACAAGGGGAUCCCAUGGUCUGCGUGGCUCGGUGUGCUGGGUAUGCCAGGACAGACGGCGUACAUGGCCUGGAAGGAGUAUUCGCGUGCCAAGAAGGGAGAAACAGUAUUUGUCACAGCGGCAUCUGGGCCCAUCGGCAGUGUAGUCGUUCAACUCGCGAAACUAGAUGGCUGCAAGGUUAUCGCGUCAGCUGGCAGCGAUGCCAAAUGCGACGACGUCCGCGCACUGGGCGCAGAUGUCGUGUUCAACUAUAAGACGGAGAGCACGAAGGAGAUUCUUCAGCGUGAAGGACCACUUGAUGUUUACUGGGAUAAUGUUGGCGGCGAGUCGCUGGACGAGGCCUUACUCGCGAUGAGAGAGCAUGGUCGUAUCCUCCAAUGCGGAACCAUCUCAAACUACAACGACCCCAACGCUUACGGUCUCAAGAACUACUCCAUGUUCUUCCAGAAAGAGCUCCAAAUGUUCGGCUUCCUCGUCUUCACGCUCUACCCCAAGUACAUCGACCGGUUCUUGGCCGACAUGGUUCCCCUCGUCAAAGAGGGAAAGAUCAAGCAUAGGGAGGAUGUGACGAAGGGGUUGGAGCAUUCGUGUCAGGCGUUGGUGGACGUAUUGAGUGGGAAGAAUCAUGGGAAGAAGGUUAUUCUUGUGGCGGAGGAUUGA